GCUCCGUCUUCUUCGAACCCUCAACGCUCGAUAUUCCCUUAUCUUCUCUCAUACCCGGAGGUUUUUACCUCGACUACGAAGUACUCCUUUUCCCAAAGUAAAAUUUCCGCGAUCCCUUCAACAUGGCUUCCAACGGGCCACCUCCCAACUACUAUGCGAUUCUUGAAAUCCAAGAAACAGCCACGACACAACAAGUGCGCGAUGCCUACAAGAAGGCCGCCCUAAAAACCCAUCCCGACAGGGUGCCCGGAGACUCGCCCGAGCGAGCGACUCGGACACGGAAAUUCCAGCUCGUCAACGACGCAUACUACACCCUCUCCGACACCUCCCGGCGACAGGAAUACGACCUACAACGGAAGAUGUACGGCACCAGCUCUUCGACCAGCGACCCGUUCGAAGAAGCCGAUGGUCCCUCCGCCGAACAGGGCGAAGGCGCCGCCGCCGGGACUGGCGCGCAGAACGCCUUCUCGUGGGCGUGGAACUUCUUCGCCGGCCAGGGUCAGGCGGGAGGGGGCGGCGGCGGCGCCCCCGACGAGGAGACGCGGCGGCAGACGGAGGAGCAGCAGUUCGGAGACGCGUUCGAGGAGAUGCUGCGCGAGGAGGGCAUGGCUGAGGACGGCACGGGACGGCCGACGCGCUCGUUUUGGAGCCUCGUCGGCGGCGCGAGCGGCGGGGCGCUGGGGUUCAUUGUCGCGAACGUACCCGGGCUCGUUGCGGGCGCUGUGGCGGGGAACCGGCUCGGCGCGAUACGAGACGCCAAGGGGAAGAGCGUCUAUGCUGUCUUUCAGGUCAGUGCCAAUGUGCGGAUAUCGGCUGGGUAGGCAGGACGGACGGACGUCGUCCGUUGGGAUCUGUCUUCCUGCUGCAUGCUGUUAGCACGACCUCUUCUUUUUAACUUUCCCCCGUGCCGUUUUGAUAUUUUGCGGGUUUUACACAGGCCAGUUCGCUGACACACUUUUGCAGGACCUGCCGCAGGCUGACCGG